UUCAGAGGACUCAGGAAGCGCCGCUGACCUUUGAUCUGACCUCAGAUCUGCCGAUUCUGCGACCUCGAAACAAACCGAGCGUCGAGUAUAAAUACAGUCCGUCCACAGACGUCCUCUCUCCGUCCGUCUGUCUGCUGGGAUCAGAUGAUGAAGGCUGUUCAGGCUGCCGCGCUCUUCCUGAUGAUGAUGAUGAUGAUGAUGAGUUCUGUGUCUGCUUUUCUUCUUCCUCCUUCAAUCAACGACUCCACACACGCUGAUCAGGUGAGUCCUCACCUGCUGAACAACAGUGACUCCACCAGAUUCGAGUCUCGUCAAAACGUCAACAACUCGCUGGGCGACAUCCCAGGUCGCGGCGCAUCGAACACGAUGAACGGCUCCCGUUCCUCUGCUCCCAGGUCAGAGGAGAUUCUGCAGCAGCCGAAUAAAACCGACCUCGACUCCACAAACAGGAUGGUGGGUCACGUUCUUCAGUCUGGAGGAGACGAACGAGCCGGACAAUCUUCUUAUGAUCCUUUCGGACACAGGAAGUGACGUCAGAUGACACGCCCACAACUGACCGACCAAUCAGAGACAGAUGUUCAGUCACCGACCAAUCAGAUCGGAAGAAAAAAUCCACAGUCCUCGUAGUCUGCGUAGGAUGUUAUUUUUUUCCCAUAUAUUUUUAAAAAUGUUCUUUCUUAAAUAUAAAUAAUAAAUAAUAAAAAAACUGUCUUCUAACAGAAACUGAUGUCAACGGUUUCUAUAGCAACAGUUAAGAGUUCGUUAACAGAGUGAUGAUUUUUCUGAUGAUUGUGUUUUUGAUUCUCUGUCUUUAGUUAAAUGUCCUUUAAUCUUCUUGUUAGUUCACUAUCAGCUGCAGUCGGACUCCUUCUAUAAUCAGUGAAGUUGAUUCUGAUUCAAAGUGAUUCCUGUUUCGUUUAUUAACUGUUUUAAAUAUGUUCAAUAAUAUAGUUUUUUAUACAUGUAUAAGAUUUGAGUUUUUUAAGUCUGCAGGUAAAAAGGUGACCAAACCUUCAGAAACAGCUCAUCUUUUCCUUUUAAGGUAGCCGGUAAUCUUUCAUGGGGGAGCGCGUUGAAAAGCUCUCGGUACCAGAGGCUAACACUUUCGAGCAAUUAAAAGGAGCUUCUCAACAAGUUUGUAGUGUGAUGCAGGGAAAUGCAAUUCCUUGGAGGGAAGGCCUAAGAGGAAAACACCAGGGUCUUAUUUCAUUUGUAUUUUAAAUAUCCCACUAAUUACCUUAGAAAUACUGAGCCUUUACGGCGCCGGCUUAGCGGCCCGCGAGCCGAGUCCGUGAGUGAGGAACACACACACAGGGAGAGCGGAGAUGAGUCGGAGAAAGGAUUUCACAUGGCGUGCUCUAAAAAGAGAAACGUAGACAGCGGAAACAGAGCUUUUAAUCCAGAAUGGACUGUUACAUGUUCAAUCCUCCUCAUAUGUUCCGAGAUCAUGGCGAUUAUUAAAUGUGAAGCGCCGCUACGAGACAAAGCACAGAGCAGCUUUUGAGCAGGUUGACAAGGGGGACGGGUUUUGGUCAUUUUGCUAACAAGGGGGAUGGCGUCCCCCUUCGUCCCCCCUCAUAUAGUCUACUAUAAAUACGCCCCAUUAACAUAUCACUGUCAUAGGAGAUUGUUCCCGCCUGCUUCAAGACAGCCACCAUCGUCCCUGUACCUGCUAAGUCUGCUGUGUCUAGUCUAAAUGAGUUCCGCCCUGUGGCUCUCACCCCCAUUCUGAUGAAGUAUUUUGAGAAACUGGUUCUACAACACAUAAAGAACAACAUCCCAGCCAGCCUGGACCCUCACCAGUUUGCUCUCAGAACCAACAGACCCACAGAGGAGGCCUUCUCCACUGCCCUCCACUCAGUCUUUCUCCCGGAGAACAACAACAGAAUGUUGUUGGUGAUUUCAGCUCAGCAUUCAACACGAUCUCCCCAUGAAACUGACUGAAAACUGCCCUCUGGGCUUGAGUACCACACUCUGCAACUGGAUAUUGGACUUCCUCACAAACAGACCCCAGACAGUUUGGUACUGAACACCGGAGCCCCCCAGGGCAGUGUGCUCAGCCCCCUCCUGUUCACGCUGUACACCCACGACUGCAGCCCCCGACAUGGAGACAACCUGUGGUGAAGCUGGAAUGACACCACCAUCGUCGGCCGGAUUACAAACAACGAUGAGACUUCAUAUCGGGAGGAAAUCAACAAUCUUGCAGCGUCAGUGUAAAAAACAUUUAACUGCAGGUUAUUUUGUUAGUUUGUUGAAAAAUCUUCAUGUUGGUGGUUGAAUCAAACUAAUAACCAAUAUUUUCAAUAUUUACUAUAAUAGGAUAUGAACAUGAGAUAAUUAUGAGCUCAGUGUGUUUUGUUCAGAGAUCAUGUGAUCAAUCGAUCGAUUGAUUGAUUCAGAUACUUCAGUAAAUAUCAACAGCUUCCUGUAAAGUGAGAUGUACUUUUGAUUCAACUGUAAACUUGUUUGUGUUCAAAGAAAAACAGGUGACGAUGUUCAACAGGAAGAGGAAGAGACUGAAAGAGACGGAUGGAAAGAUAGAGGAUGAGGAGACGGUUCACUGUUCACAUUUGUAUAAUUACAUUCGGUAUAAAUCAUCAUUCACUGUUUCCUCUGUUCCAACAUAAUAAAUCUGUUUGUUCUUUGUUCUCCUGA